UGGCUGAAAAUUGUCUAUCAAUUUAUAAUUUUAUUUUUGUAUGCCCACUCAAGUAGUACUAACCACCUAUCCUCUUUCUUCUUCUUCAACCUUGCUCUGAACAACCAACAUUUUCUCUCUCCUCCCAUGUGGAAUGACCUGUGACUCUAUAGCUUUCCAUGUUUUUAUACCCUUAAAUCAUGGAACCAUAAUUUCACCUUCCCCAAAAUUAUCUUGAUUGAGAAAUUAUUCAAUCAUUAAACCCACAAAAAAAAAAAAAAUUAAAAACACCCACAUAAUUUAAUGCCCUUUUAAACUUACCAUAAAUACCAAAGAUCUUCAAAUUUGCUGAUUGAUUAAUUGCUCCAUACCCCAUCUUCCUUUCCUUUUUUAGAGGAUAAAAAAAUAGUGGAUAUUAUUAUGUUUAUGCUUAUUAAUUGAAGAAAAAUAGCUGAAAUUCCCAAAAAAUAAAGAUAAAAUAAUGGAUGGGUGUAGUAUAGUUUGGUUUAGAAGGGAUCUGAGGGUAGAAGAUAAUCCAGCACUAGCAGCAGGAGUUAGAGCAGGAGCAGUAAUUUGUGUGUUCAUCUGGGCACCUGAAGAAGAAGGUCAUUAUUAUCCAGGAAGAGUUUCAAGGUGGUGGCUUAAACAUAGUUUAGCUCAGCUUGAUUCUUCAUUAAGAAGUCUUGGUACUUGUCUUAUUACCAAGAGAUCUACUGAUAGUGUUUCCUCUCUCCUUGAGAUUCUUAAGUCUACUGGUGCAUCACAGCUAUUCUUUAAUCAUUUAUAUGAUCCUCUGUCACUUGUUAGAGAUCACCGUGCAAAGGAAGUUUUAACAGGACAUGGUAUAUCUUUGCGGUCCUUCAACGCAGAUUUGCUGUAUGAACCAUGGGAAGUUGUCGACGAGAGGGGCCAGCCAUUUAAUACCUUUACUUCUUUCUGGGAAAGAUGCCUUAGCAUGCCUUUUGAUCCCGAGGCUCCACUUCUUCCACCUAAAAGGAUAAUCUCUGGAGAUGUGUCAAAGUGCCCAUCAGACACACUGGUGUUUGAAGAUGAUUCAGAAAGGGGAAGUAAUGCCUUACUUGCUAGAGCAUGGUCACCUGGCUGGAGCAAUGCUGAUAAGGCUCUAACUACUUUUGUCAAUGGACCUUUAAUUGAAUACUCGAAGAAUCGAAGAAAGGCUGAUAGUGCUACAACCUCCUUUCUCUCUCCUCACUUGCAUUUUGGAGAGGUCAGUGUACGAAAGGUUUUCCACCUUGUCCGCAUCAAGCAAGUCUCAUGGGCAAAUGAAGGGAACACAGCAGGUGAUGAAAGUUGCAAUGUGUUUCUCAAAUCUAUUGGUUUGAGGGAAUAUUCAAGAUAUAUGAGCUUUAACCAUCCAUAUAGCCACGAGAGGCCUUUACUUGGGCACCUCAAGUUUUUCCCUUGGGUGGUGGACGAAGGCUAUUUUAAGGCAUGGAGACAAGGUAGAACAGGUUAUCCUUUGGUUGAUGCUGGCAUGAGAGAACUAUGGGCUACUGGUUGGCUACAUGAUAGAAUAAGGGUGGUUGUCUCUAGUUUCUUUGUGAAGGUUCUGCAACUUCCAUGGAGGUGGGGCAUGAAAUACUUUUGGGAUACUCUAUUGGAUGCAGACCUUGAAAGCGAUGCCCUUGGCUGGCAAUAUAUAACGGGCACUCUCCCUGAUGGACGUGAGGUUGACAGAAUAGAUAAUCCUCAGUUUGAAGGCUACAAAUUUGAUCCUAAUGGAGAAUAUGUAAGACGGUGGCUCCCUGAACUUGCAAGGCUGCCAACUGAAUGGAUUCAUCACCCUUGGGAUGCUCCAGAAUCUGUACUACAAGCUGCAGGGGUAGAGUUGGGAUCAAAUUAUCCUCUUCCCAUUGUAGGAAUAGAUGCUGCAAAAGUAAGACUCGAAGAAGCACUUACAAGUAUGUGGGAGCAAGAAGCUGCUUACAGGGCUGCUAUUGAGAACGGGACAGAAGAAGGGCUUGGUGAUUCUGAAUAUGCUCCUAUUGAAUUUCCUCAAGAUUUACGAAUGGAUAUUGAUCGUGAACCUGUUAGGAAUAUUAACCAAAUUGACAUUAACCGACGUCAUGAGGACCAGAUGGUCCCUAGCAUCACCUCGACCUUGUUCAGGGUUGAUGAUUAUGAAACUUCUUCAGAUGUUCAGCAACAUUCAGUGGGAGAUGGGAGGGCAGAGGUUCCAAGAAAUGUGAACGCAAAUCAAGUGCAAGUGAGAGAGCCACCAAACCAAGGAGUUACUCCAGGGUCUCCAGCUCCUAGAAGAAAUAAUGUCACUCCACAACGUCAGGUAAACAUCACAUUUGGACUGCAGAAUAUAGAAAUAGAACAGUCUACAGCUGAAUCAUCAAGUACUACUGGUGGUAGUCGAAGUAGUGGGGUGGUUCCUGUUUGGUCUCCCUCAAGCUCUACAUUUGCUGAUCAAUAUAUUAAUGAUGAUGCGACAAUGGGACCUGGCUCCUCAUUCCUGCAGAGGCAUCCACAAUCUCAUGAACUGGUGAAUUGGAGACGCCUUUCUCAAACUGGGACAAUGCCGGAAAACAAACAUGGAAAACAGUAAUGGAAAAUAGAGAUUAGGAGAAGUUGAGAUGAUUUUGGGGAGAGUGUCCGAAGGUAAGAACAUUGUAUAUCCUGAUACCAAGGCAAAUCAUAUGGGAGCAAGGACUUGUUAUAUUUAUGUACAUCCCGUGUAUUUGCUGAAAGUAGACAUCAUUGUCCUGGUGCCGUGACAUUCAAAAGUUCGAUUGAUUUCAGUAGCUCUGCUUGUGCCAUUUUGGCUAAUUAAUACCAGCAGCUCUGCUUGUGCCAUUCUGGCUUGUACCAUUAUAGUGUGUAGUUUUGCUGUAUAGUUGUAGUGUUCUCGCAGGGGAAAGAGAAGAGUUGUCAUAGGGAUUUGUAGCCUCGAAUAAUCCCAGGCUUAUCCAUUUUCUUUCUGUGAAAUAUACUCCUAUUUGCUACUAUUGUCAAUAAUAGUUCUUGGUUCUGCAUC